GCUGGAGAGGAGGAGGAGCUGCUGCUGCCGCCACCGCUGCUGCUGUCGCCGCUGCCUCGGGCGCAGGUACCAGGGCCGGGGCCGUGGGCAGCCGCUGGGCGAGAGCCGGUGAUACCUGCCCUCCGGGCCCUGACGGCCGCUGGAGCCGAGCGCAGGAGUGUCCACCCGCCACAUCCAACCAUGUCCUACGUUUUUGUCAAUGAUUCUUCACAGACUAAUGUGCCCUUGCUUCAAGCCUGCAUUGAUGGGGACUUCACCUAUUCCAAGCGGCUUUUGGAAAGUGGCUUUGACCCCAAUAUCCGAGACAGCAGGGGCAGAACAGGCCUACACCUCGCCGCGGCCCGAGGGAACGUGGACAUCUGCCAGCUGCUACAUAAAUUUGGUGCUGACCCACUGGCCACAGAUUAUCAGGGCAACACUGCCCUCCACCUGUGUGGCCACGUGGACACCAUCCAGUUCUUAGUCUCCAAUGGACUCAAAAUUGAUAUUUGCAACCAUCAAGGUGCUACCCCUUUAGUUCUGGCCAAGCGCCGUGGCGUGAAUAAAGAUGUCAUCAGGUUGCUGGAGUCUUUGGAAGAACAGGAGGUGAAAGGAUUUAACCGAGGUGCACACUCGAAGCUGGAGACCAUGCAGACCGCAGAGAGCGAGAGUGCCAUGGAAAGCCACUCUCUGCUCAAUCCCAACCUGCAGCAGGGCGAAGGGGUCCUGUCCAGCUUCCGGACCACGUGGCAGGAGUUUGUGGAGGACCUGGGCUUCUGGAGGGUCCUGCUCUUGAUCCUGGUCAUUGCUUUGCUGUCCCUGGGCAUUGCCUACUAUGUGAGCGGGGUACUGCCCUUCGUGGACAACCAGCCUGAGCUGGUGCACUGAGGGCCCAGAGAUGAGGCAAGGCCCGUCAGCGUUGGUUCUUAGAGUAUUCUCAGCGCAGCAGCGAGGGCUGGUUUUCGUUUGGAUUUUUACUUACCGUGACUCUUCAGGAGAAUGAAGUGUUCCUUUGAACUCGCCCUGUGGUGGGGUUACCCUGCAUCCCAGUGCUACCUCGGACUGCUGCAGCCUGGGUUUAGGGACCAUCUGCCCCAGGCUUGUCACACCGGGGACCCCACCCUGAGGGAGGAGCAGUGACCCCCAGAAAGCAGAUUGGUUUUUUCUUUGAUUCUGUUUUGUCCAUGGAUUUUGUCAGAGCCGAAAGUGAAACUUUUGACUUAAAUUUUGAAUUUUUUCCCUCACAACCUAAAUGGCAAAUUAGAGCUGUCAGACUCUGAGUUUUAAAGACUGCUUUCAAGCUACUCACACGGCCAACAUGAAGUCUUUUCUUUAACAUGGAUGAUUUGAUCUAACAUUUGGUUGCCGUGGGACAAUUCUGAUUCAUUCUAAACUGAUGGCAGCAUCUGUAAAAAUCAGCCUGUAGAGUUCACUACUCAGUCCCCAGACUCCUCCCACUUUAGUUUUGAGAUGUCCUACUCAGAAACCAUCAGAAACCCUUUGUAGUGAGUGAUCAGUAGAGGAAGAAUCCUACCCUCCACUGUCACCAUAACGUCUGUCCUGUCAGCCCGCUGGGUGUCACGGUUCAUCACAACUAACCCUUGGUCCCAGGGAACGCCGUCUAGGUCAGCGAGUGUCUGACAGCGGAGGUGGAGGAGUCUGUCUGCCUCCAGAACCCUGAACGAUGUCAUGCUGAAGUCAAGGUUCCUGUCUGCCGUGUGUAGGUGCACGGUGCUGGAGUCAUGGUUCCCGUCUGCCGUGUAUAGGUGCACGGUGCUGGAGUCAUGGUUCCCGUCUGUGUGUGUAGGUGCACGGUGCUGGAGUCACGGUUCCCGUCUGUGUGUGUAGGUGCACGGUGCUGGAGUCACGGUUCCCGUCUGUGUGUGUAGGUGCACGGUGCUGGAGUCACGGUUCCCGUCUGUGUGUGUAGGUGCACGGUGCUGGAGUCACGGUUCCUGUCUGUCUGCUGUGUGUAGGUGCACGGUGUGAUAGGGAUCUGGACCCCAACUACAUGGUGGCCUCUUAGAGUGUUUGGAAGCCCUUUGCCUGCGGUUCUGUAAUAUACAAGUCAUGUUUUAUGUUAUUAUUGAGGCUUAAUAAUUUUUCAUUAAGUAAAAUCUGAAACCCAAGGUAAAGACCUGGUGGUUUUGCUUUCUGUAGCAAAGAUGCCACUAGUUGACUCUGGAAAGUGGGCCCGUCCGCCAGCCUCUGGCUUGCUGGUGUUUUCUCCUCUGCUUUUAGACACCAGGUAUCGACACUUCCUCUCACGUGGCUGUGUCCUAGCUAAAGGAACUGCUUCCCAGCCCCUGAUGUCAGAAUCAGCCUGCAGAGGCUUACUCCGACUUGAUCCUGUUUGGUGGGAUGCAAGGAGGGAGAGCAGGUGUCUGCCUGGAGGCCAGUAGAAGUCAGGUUCAGAGUGCGUCCAGAACAAAGCACUUUAGAAGUAGCUUCCCUUAGAUCUGGAUGUCUGGAACAUGUAAUGCGCUGCAUCUGAGGUCCCUGCUUCCUGCCCCAUGCUGGUUUCUUUGCAUUGUGUAUUCUGCAUUAUUUGUUCAGUAAUAAAUAAUAAAUUUAUUGCACCAAUAAAUGCAGUU